AUGAACAAGCAGCAGCAGCAGCAGGCGUACGGGUAUGGGCAUGGGCAGGGCGACGUCCCCUACUGCUGCUUCCAUCCCAGGGAGGUGGUCGUCGGCGUCUGCGCCCACUGCCUCAAGGACCGCCUCCUCCUCCUCCUCGCCGCUGCCAACAACAAUAACAGCAACGCCGCCGCCGACGCCGUGCACCGCCGGAGCAGGAGCAGGAGCAGGAGCAUCUCCCUCCCCAAGGUCUUCGCGCUCGGCUCCACCUUCCUCCAGCGCCUCGACUCCCGCCACCACCGGGGGCGGGACCCCGACAACAACUGCUACUCCGACGACGACGACGACGCCACCACCUCCGUCGCAAGCCUCGAUGAUUCCUUCAUCUCCAUCAAGUUCGAGGACAACGGCAAGGCGACGUGGGACAGCCAGAGCCAGCACAAGGCGUCGGCGGCGGUGACGGAGGCCGAGGCGGAGGCAGGCAAGCCGGCGGCGGCUCCCGCGACGAGGUCGUCGUCGUCGUCGACCGUGGUGGUGGCGGUGGAGCACGUGAAGCGGGGCGGCGUCACCCGGUGGCGCAAGCAGGUGGUGGGGCGCCUGCUGCAGCUGGCGCGAUGGAGGAGGUCGUCCGCGGCGGCCAAGGCGGGCGGCGGAGCGGCGUGCCACGUCGCCGGGCUGGACGGCAAGAAGGCCGCGGCGGCGGCGGAGCGGUCCAAGACGCGAGGGAGGGGCUGGAUCCGGAGCCUCACUCGGAGGCGCGCGCACGGCGACCGGGCGUGGUAG